AUGGUGGCGACAAGACUCAGGACGUCACCAAUGGUACAGUCACCAGGACGUGCUCCUGGAGGCCAGAUAGAGAGGCCGGCUUCUGUACAGAUUCUCAGUGAAACCAAAGAUGGAAUAGAUGAAACAAGUGAAUGGAGGCAAGCGAGAAGAGAUGGUUUAGGUAAAAAAAUUAGUGACAAUGACGAGAAUAAAUUUGAAAGGGAAAAUAAGAAGAGGAAGGCAGUUAACGAAAUUAAUUUGGAGAAGGAGAAAAAUAAAGGAAGUAAAGAGGAACAUAAAGAAGAGUGUUCAAAUAAACAUGUUAGAAAUAUUCUACGAAAGAGGAGUGUAUGUAAUGGAAGCAAAAUGGAAGAAGAGGAGACCAUUCCAUCAUUGACAAAAAAUUCUUCUUUUCCUUCCUUUGUCUCCAGGAUUUUUCAUUCACUGCACACUGACCAUCACUCACAUGCGACUCAACCUAUAGGCCCUGAGCCCCUCACCCAUACCACAUGCGGUGAGCAUCUUAGACUUGCAAUCCCCCCUGCCAUUUCUAGCCGGCAAUCACUCAAGUCACCUGUAGGCCCAAUCACCUCGCGCCACCCUUGUCCAGGCAGAUCUCGCAGUGACGGGGCGGAACUACCACCUGCUCCAACGAACUUAUCAACGCCAAAACCAGGUGAAGGGCCGCCACCACAUGCACCACCACAUGCGCCACCACCAAUGAUGCAUUCUAGGAUGAGCUCCAUUUUGGCACCGUCAACGCUAUUGUCCAGCUUUCGCCAGGCUCCAUCUGUAGAUCUCUUAGAUUCUAUGUCGAAUCGCUCUUUCGAGUUAGACAUUUUGUAA